AUGCUUCCCGCCAUCACUCUCUUCUUUUUCGGUGUGGUGGCUACGUUAGGUAUCGCUUCUCAGACCCCUGGAACAGUCAAGAACGAGACGGCCAACACCAGCAAUGACCACUGUGACCCGACCACCGUUGGUGUCGUUGGUGGCGGCCAGAUCCAGGUCUCCGAUUGCUUUGCCAUCAUGAACAUCCCGCACACAGCCAAUUUCAGCGUGGAGAUGUCAAACUGGAAGGACUCUACUGAAUUCACAGACCAGUACCACGGGCUCUUCGCCGUUGGCAGCUGUGAGCUGGCAGUGAAGCGAAUGGACAGCGGCAAGAGUACUACUUGGAUUGGCAAAUUUGAUAUCCGCAGCAUAAUCAACCAGUCUGUUCAACUCGCAAGGACGGGGGACGGCGAUCAGAUGGAGACCACCCAUGGGAAGAUGGACUGCAAUUCAGAGCACGGACCAGCUGCGUGCAUAUCAUGGACAGUUCGAGAGGCGGGCAAUGAAACUAGAGCUGACUGUGUCUAG